AUGUACUUUGAUGGAGCUGCACAUCGUGGUGGAGCUAGUGCUGGCGUAGUGUUCAUCAUUUCACAAGAAGAGAUUCUACCAUUCUCCUUUACUUUGAAGCAAUGUUGCUCCAAUAAUGUCGCUGAAUACCAAACGUUGAUUAUUGGACUUGAGAUGGCCGUUGACAUGAAGCAAUUAAACUUACAAAUCUUUGGUGACUCUCAGUUGGUGAUCAACCAACUCUUGGGAAGUUAUGAGGUGAAGAAGCCCGAAUUGCGUCCUUAUCAUGAUUAUGCUCAAAAGUUGAUAGGAUGGAUUGGAGAUGUAACCCUUCAACAUGUGCGUAGAAUGGAUAAUAAGAAAGUUGAUGCAUUGGCUGCUCUAGCUUCAACGCUAACCCUUCCUGAUCAGACGCAAGUGACUAUUUGUCAAAAAUGGAUAGUACCACUACCAAAUGAGGAAGAAUGUAUAGAAAAUAAGCUUGAUCAUCUCGUCGCUGUUUAUGAAGCCGCGAAGGAAGAUUGGGGACAACCCAUUAUUGACUACAUGUGUUAUGGGAUACUUCCAGAAGAUUUAAGGAGAAGGACUGACAUUCGUCGUCGUGCACCUCGCUUUCUUUACUACAAGGACACAUUAUAUAGAAGAUCAUUUGAGGGUGUACUAUUACGAUGUUUGGGAGAGGAAGAAGCAAUUCAAGCUUUGCAAGAAGCACACUCGGGAGUAUGUGGAUCACAUCAAUUUGGACCGAAACUCCACUUUCACAUAAAGAGGAUGGGGUAUUAUUGGCCAACCAUGGUGAAAGAUUUCUUAGAUUAUGCUCGGAGGUGCGAUGCUUGUCAAUUUCAUGCGAAUUUCACACAUCAGCCGCCCGAAGUAUUGUACCCAACUAUUGCAUCUUGUCCAUUUGACGCUUGGGGAUUGGAUGUUGUGGGACCACUACCAAAAUCUUCUGGUGGACACUUGUACAUCUUGGCUGCAACAAAUUACUUCUCAAAAUGGGCUGAAGCUGUCGCUCUUAAAGAAGUGAAAAAAGAGAAUGUUGCAAAUUUUAUCCGACGUAAAUCUUCUAUGUAUUAUGCUGCCGCCAAUGGUCUUGCUGAAGCAUUCAAUAAGACUCUAUGCAACCUCAUCAAGAAAUUUGUCUCCAAGUCCAAACGGGAUUGGCAUGAAAGAAUGGAGAAAGCUUUGUGGGCAUAUAGGACAACAUACCGCACUCCAACUCAAGCAACACCAUAUUCACUUGCUGUUGGAGUUGAAUCAGUCAUGCCACUCGAGCGUCAAAUACCUUCCAUAAGACUUGAUAUUCAAGAAGGGCUCAUUGAAGAAGAAAAUGCUCGACUGCGUCUUGCUGAGUUAGAAGCACUUGAUGAAAAGAGGCUAGAACCCAACAAAAUCUUGAAUGUUAUCAAGCUCGUUUAUCUCGUGCUUUCAAUAAGAAGGUUUGCUUGA